AUGGCUCCACGGAAAAUGCCUGGGGGGCAUAGUCCCCAGACUGAGAACCAAUGCAUUACAGGAAAUGAUUACCGUUUUCAUUAUGCUGUCAUUUCCUUGGCUGUAGUCGCAACGUCUGUCGCGGUCCCCCAAGGCUAUAACCUAGCAGCGCCCUCCGGAAGAGGAUUUUCCCAUGGCUCUCAAGGUGGAGGAGGAUCCUUUGGUAGUGGAGGCAGAGGAUUCUCGGACGGUGGAGGAAGAUUUUCAGCCAAUGGAGGAAGUGGAAUCUCCGGCGGUGGAGGUGAAUUUUCGAGUGUCGCAGGUUCUUCAGCUGGACAAGGUUAUGGGGAAGGAGGUUCCGGAGGAGUCUGCAGAGAAGGAGAGAUCUUGCACGUAGAUGGAUCGUGCGUCGUUCCCAUCGUUACAAGAAAUGUGUUCGUUUAUGAUGCUCCCGAACAGCCUCAAGGGGAAAGCGGUCCACCACCAAGUAUUCCACCACCGAGGGUUGAUCACAACAUCCUGUUCGUACGCAUUCCUGAAGAAGGUCCAGGACCCGAACCUAUCAUUGUUCCACCACCAAAACAGGAAAACGUUGUGUAUGUCUUGAACAAGAGCGGAGGUGACGGAGGACAACGCGUGAUCGAGGUAACAGCUGCUCCUCCUUCAAAUCCUGAGGUAUAUUUCGUCAACUAUGAAGAAGGAGAAAAUCCAACCCUUCCUAUUGGAGUGGAUCUUCAGACUGCUCUCCAGGCAGCUGCUGAAGCAGGUGGCCAGGUCAUCGGAGGUUCCGAUGGUGCUGGAGGAGGAAAUGGCAGUGGUUCUGGAGGUAGUUCCAGUGGUGCUGGAGGAUUUGGAGGUGGUUUCGGUGGUGCUGGAGCAUUCGGAGGCGGUUCCGGUGGUGCUGGAGGAUUUGGAGGCGACUCCGGUGGUGCUGGAGGAUUUGGUGGAAGUUCCGGUGGUGCUGGAGGAUUUGGUGGUAGCGGAAGUGGUGCUAGUGGUUUUGGUGGUAGUGGAAUUGUCGUUGGAGGUUUCGGUGGUAGUGCAGGUAGCGGAAGGGGUUCAGGCAGUGGUCUGUAUGGUCCUCCAUCUUAA